CUGCACUGGUUGUGAUUGCUACAGAGUCCAGCCGUGCUUAACCCAGGAGACGGACGUGUGGGAUCUGAUGGUUUUGUUCUAAUCUCUGCUUUGUGUGCUUGUGGCCCCAGUUAAUGCCCGGCCACAAACAUCUGAGCUGUGUACUGCCGCUGCUGCACAAAGGGAGCUUCUAGGCUUUGCUGAGGGAAGAUGGCUUUCUGGACGCAGCUGGGAUUGCUGCUAUGGAAGAACUUCACCUACAGAAGAAGACAGACCUUCCAGCUGCUGAUCGAAGUUGCCUGGCCUCUGUUCAUCUUCUUCAUCCUGAUCUCUGUAAGACUUUCAUAUCCGCCCUACGAGCAGCAUGAAUGUCAUUUUCCAAAUAAAGCUAUGCCUUCAGCAGGCACCUUGCCAUGGAUACAGGGGAUCAUCUGCAAUGCCAACAACCCUUGUUUCCGCUACCCAACUCCUGGGGAAUCCCCUGGUAUUGUUGGGAACUUCAAUGCCUCCAUUGUUUCCCGCCUGUUCUCGGAUGCCAAGAGGUUACUGCUGUACAGCCAACAGGACACGAGUAUAAAGGAUGUCCAGAAGGUCCUGGGAAAACUACGCAAGUUGGGAAACUCCUCUGGCUUAGACUUGAAACUUCGGGAUUUCCUGGUUGACAAUGAGACGCUCUCAGACUUCCUCCACCAUAAUGUGUCCAUGCCAUCAUCUGCAGUAGAGGAGUUACUGAAUGCAAGGGUCAAUCUCCAGCAGGUCAUAGUGUCUGGUUAUCGAAUGCGAUUGCGGGAUCUCUGCAAUAACUCAACUUCAUCUGAAUACCUUAAAAUCCAAAAUCAGACGGUGGCCAUGGACGCUGAAGCCUUAAUUUGCACCUUGUCAAAGGAAAAACUCCAUGCAGCUGAGCAAGCCUUCCGUGCCAACCUGAAUCCUUUGAAGCCCCUUCAGACACAACUUUCUUUCAAUUCGUCCUUGUGGGAUCUGACAGAAACUGUGGAAACUUUGAGAGACAGCGUUGGGAAGCUUGUUAAAGAGUUGCUGACUAUGAAGAGCUGGAGCGACAUGAGGCAGGAGGUGAUGUUCCUGACCAACGUGAAUGCCUCAAACUCCUCUACGCAGAUCUACCAGGCUGUGUCGCGCAUUGUGUGCGGCCAUCCUGAAGGUGGAGGGCUCAAAAUUAAAUCCCUUAACUGGUAUGAGGACAACAACUACAAAGCACUGUUUGGAGGCAACAGCACCGAAGAUGAUGUCAUUAACUUCUAUGACAACUCCACAACACCCUACUGCAAUGAGCUAAUGAAGAACUUGGAAUCCAGCCCGCUUUCCAGGAUUAUCUGGAGGGCUUUGAAACCCUUGCUGAUUGGGAAGAUCUUGUACACUCCAGACACACCAGCUGUAAGGAAGGUCAUGUCUGAGGUGAACAGGACAUUCCAGGAGCUGGGUGUGUUUCGUGACCUCGGGGGAAUGUGGGAGGAGAUAAGCCCAAAGAUUUGGACAUUUAUGGAAAGUAGUCAGGAAAUGGAUCUCAUUCGGACGCUGCUGAAAGGCAAAGCCCUCUGGGACCUGCACUUGCCAGCAUCCAACUGGACAGUGGAGGACGUUGCCCGUUUCCUGUCGAACCGUCCGGAGGACUUUGGAGCAGAAGAUGGCUCUGUGUAUACCUGGGUGGAUGCCUUCAACGAGACAGACCGGGCUAUCCAGACCAUCUCCCGCUUCAUGGAGUGUGUCAACUUGGACAAACUGGAGCCUGUGGCCACAGAAGCCCGGCUUAUAAACAAGUCCUUGGAACUCCUGGAUCAGCGGAGGUUCUGGGCUGGCAUAGUCUUCAAUGAAAUAGCUCCUGACAGCACGGACCUCCCUCAGCACGUGAAGUACAAGAUACGCAUGGACAUCGAUAACGUGGAAAGGACCAACAAGAUCAAGGAUGGGUACUGGGAUCCCGGUCCCCGUGCUGACCCCUUUGAGGACAUGCGCUACGUCUGGGGAGGCUUUGCCUAUCUGCAGGACGUGGUGGAGCAGGCCAUCAUCAGGGUGCAGACUGGCACGGAGAAGAAGACGGGAGUUUAUGUGCAGCAGAUGCCCUACCCAUGCUACGUGGAUGACAUAUUUCUGCGCGUCAUGAGCCGCUCCAUGCCCCUCUUCAUGACACUGGCCUGGAUCUACUCAGUGGCUGUGAUAAUUAAGGGCAUUGUGUAUGAGAAGGAAGCUCGACUGAAAGAGACGAUGAGGAUCAUGGGACUUGACAAUGGCAUCCUUUGGUUAAGCUGGUUCAUUAGCAGCCUCGUCCCUCUCCUGAUGAGUGCAGGACUGCUGGUGCUGAUCCUGAAGAUGGGGAAUCUGCUGCCUUACAGCGACCCUAGCGUGGUGUUUGUUUUCCUCUCGAUCUUCGGCGUUGUGACCAUCCUCCAGUGCUUCCUCAUCAGCACCGUGUUCUCCAGGGCCAACCUGGCAGCUGCCUGUGGGGGCAUUGUCUACUUCACACUGUACCUGCCUUAUGUGCUGUGUGUUGCCUGGCAGGACUAUAUCAGCUUCUCACUCAAGAUUUUUGCGAGCCUGCUGUCUCCAGUAGCCUUUGGUUUUGGUUGCGAGUACUUUGCACUGUUUGAGGAGCAGGGUGUUGGUGUUCAGUGGGACAACUUCUUUGAGAGCCCCUUGGAAGAAGAUGGCUUUAGCAUCACCACAUCUGCCGUCAUGAUGCUGUUUGAUACGUUCCUGUAUGGAGUCAUGACCUGGUACAUUGAAUCUGUCUUCCCAGGCCAGUAUGGGAUUCCCAGACCCUGGUACUUUCCUUUCACAAAGUCAUAUUGGUUUGGCGAGGAAUCACAGGACAGGCAGCACCCUCAUCCUGAUCAGAAGGGGUCUUCAGAGGUCUGCAAGGAGGAAGAGCCGGUGCAUUUGAGCCUCGGUGUUUCCAUUCAGAACCUGGUCAAGGUUUAUCGUGACGGCAAGAAAGUUGCUGUAGAUGGUCUCACACUGAACUUCUAUGAAGGCCAAAUCACCUCCUUCCUGGGACACAAUGGAGCAGGAAAAACCACUACCAUGUCCAUCUUGACUGGCUUGUUCCCCCCAACUUCGGGUACAGCCUUCAUCCUGGGCAAAGAUAUCCGCUCUGAGCUCAGCACCAUCAGGCAGAACCUGGGUGUAUGUCCACAACACAAUGUGCUGUUUGACUUGCUGACUGUGGAGGAGCACAUCUGGUUCUAUGCUCGGCUCAAAGGGCUGCCGGAAAAGAAAGUGAAAGAGGAGAUGGAGCAGAUGGCAGCAGAUGUUGGUUUGCCUCACAAACUGAAAGCUAGGACAAGCAGACUCUCUGGUGGCAUGCAGAGGAAGCUGUCUGUUGCCUUAGCAUUUGUUGGCGGCUCCAAGGUUGUCAUCCUGGAUGAGCCCACAGCUGGGGUGGAUCCUUAUUCUCGCAGGGGGAUAUGGGAACUGCUUCUGAAGUACCGGCAAGGUCGCACUAUCAUUCUCUCCACACACCACAUGGAUGAGGCAGACAUUUUGGGGGACCGGAUUGCCAUCAUUUCUCAUGGCAAGCUCUGCUGUGUUGGCUCUUCUCUCUUCCUGAAGAACCACCUGGGAACAGGCUAUUAUUUGACCCUGGUCAAGAAGGAUGUGGAUUCCUCUCUGAGCUCCUGCAGAAACAGCAGCAGCACAGUGUCCUAUUUGAAAAAGGAUGACAGUGUCUCCCAGAGCAGCUCUGAUGCUGGCCUCGGCAGUGACCAUGAAAGUGACACACUUACAAUAGAUGUCUCUGCAAUUUCAAAUCUCAUUACAAAACAUGUUCCUGAGGCCAGACUAGUGGAGGACAUUGGCCAUGAGUUAACCUAUGUCUUGCCCUACAAGGCUGCUAAAGAGGGAGCUUUUGUGGAGCUGUUCCAUGAAAUUGAUGACCGUCUUUCUGAUCUUGGCAUUUCCAGCUAUGGCAUCUCUGAAACUACCCUGGAGGAGAUCUUCCUGAAAGUGGCUGAUGACAGCGGUGUGGAUGCAGAAACCUCAGAUGGGACGUUGCCAGCCAGAAGGAACAGACGCGUGUUUGGAGAUAGACAGAGCUGCCUUCGUCCAUUUACAGAAGAUGAUGCAUUUGAUCCUAAUGAUUCAGACAUAGAUCCAGCAGAAUCCAGAGAGACAGACCUUCUCAGUGGCAUGGACGGGAAAGGCUCCUACCAGAUGAAGGGCUGGAAGCUCACCCAGCAGCAGUUCAUGGCUCUGUUGUGGAAGAGGAUGCUUAUUGCCAAGAGAAGCCGGAAGGGCUUCUUUGCCCAGAUCGUGCUGCCAGCUGUCUUUGUGUGUAUUGCUCUCAUGUUCAGCCUGAUUGUUCCUCCUUUUGGGAAGUAUCCCAGCCUGGAAUUACAACCCUGGAUGUAUGAUGAGCAGUACACUUUUAUUAGCAAUGAUGCUCCUGAAGAUGCAGGCACUCAGAAGCUUCUGGAUGCCCUGCUUGAUAAGCCUGGUUUUGGGACGCGCUGUAUGCAGGGACAUUCCAUCCCAGACACUCCUUGCACUGUGGGGCAGAAGGAAUGGACCACUGCUUUGGUCCCAGAGUCAGUCCAGGACAUCUUCUUGAAAGGCAACUGGAGCAUGGAGAACCCUUCCCCGUCUUGUGAGUGCAGCAAUGAGAAGAUCAAGAAGAUGCUGCCUGUGUGCCCCCCUGGUGCCGGCGGGCUGCCACCGCCACAGCGAGAGCAGGACACCACUGACAUCCUCCAGAAUCUAACGGGCCGCAAUAUAUCAGACUACCUAGUGAAGACCUAUGCCCAGAUCAUUGGGAAAAGCUUAAAGAAUAAGAUCUGGGUGAAUGAGUUCAGGUAUGGUGGCUUUUCCUUGGGAGCCAGCAGUUCCCUUGUGCUUCCUCCAAGCCAUGAAGUCACUGAUGCCAUUAAACAGGUGAAGAAAAUCUUGGAGCUAGCACAGGGAAGUUCUGGAGAUCGAUUUCUCAAUAGCUUGUCAAGCUUCAUGAAAGGCCUGGAUACAAAGAACAAUGUGAAGGUGUGGUUUAACAACAAGGGCUGGCAUGCCAUCGCAUCCUUCCUGAAUGUGAUCAACAAUGCCAUCCUCCGGGCCAACCUGCAGCAGGGUGAAAACCCCAGUGCCUACGGGAUCACUGCCUUCAACCACCCCCUGAACCUCACCAAGCAGCAGCUCUCUGAAGUGGCCCUGAUGACCACCUCUGUGGAUGUCCUCGUCUCCAUCUGUGUGAUCUUUGCCAUGUCCUUUGUUCCUGCCAGCUUUGUGGUUUUCCUUAUUCAAGAACGUGUCAGCAAGGCUAAACACUUGCAGUUCAUCAGUGGUGUGAAGCCUGUGAUCUACUGGCUGGCCAACUUUGUCUGGGAUAUGUGCAACUACAUUGUUCCAGCCACACUGGUCGUCAUCAUCUUCAUCUGCUUCCAGCAGAAGUCCUACGUAUCCUCCUCCAACUUGCCUGUGCUGGCUCUCCUUCUGUUUCUCUAUGGGUGGUCCAUCACCCCUCUCAUGUAUCCGGCCUCCUUCGUGUUCAAAAUCCCCAGCACAGCAUAUGUUGUGCUGACCAGCGUGAACCUCUUCAUUGGCAUCAACGGCAGCGUGGCCACCUUUGUCCUGGAGCUCUUCACCAACAACAAGCUGAAGGACAUCAAUGACAUUCUGAAGUCUGUCUUCCUCAUCUUCCCCCACUUCUGCCUGGGGCGGGGACUCAUUGACAUGGUGAAAAACCAGGCCAUGGCUGAUGCUCUGGAGAGGUUUGGAGAAAAUCGUUUUGUGUCCCCUCUGUCGUGGGACCUGGUGGGAAGGAAUCUCUUUGCCAUGGCAGUAGAGGGUGUUGUUUUUUUCCUCAUCACAGUGCUCAUCCAGUACAGGUUCUUCAUAAAACCCAGGCCUGUCUAUGCGAAGCUGCCACCUGUGAAUGAUGAAGAUGAGGAUGUAACCAGAGAGAGGCAGAGGAUAAUUAGUGGAGGAGGACAGAGUGACAUCCUGGAAAUCAAGGAGCUAACCAAGAUUUACAGAAUGAAGCGAAAGCCAGCGGUUGAUAGGAUAUGUGUUGGAAUCCCCCCUGGAGAGUGCUUUGGACUCCUGGGAGUAAAUGGUGCUGGCAAGUCGUCCACUUUUAAGAUGCUAACUGGUGAUACAGAUGUGACAGGAGGAGAAGCUUUCCUCAAAGGAAACAGCAUCCUCUCCAACAUUCAAGAAGUCCAUCAGAACAUGGGCUACUGCCCGCAGUUUGAUGCUGUUAAUGAACUGCUGACGGGGCGAGAGCACUUGGAGUUCUUUGCCCUCCUGAGGGGUGUUCCAGAGAAAGAAGUCUGCAAGGUUGGCGAGUGGGCAAUUCGGAAACUGGGCCUUGUGAAAUACGGAGAGAAAUACGCCGGGAAUUACAGUGGAGGGAACAGACGCAAACUCUCCACGGCCAUUGCCCUCAUUGGAGGGCCACCCGUGGUGUUCCUGGAUGAGCCCACAACAGGGAUGGAUCCCAAAGCACGUCGUUUCUUGUGGAACUGCGCUCUGAGCGUAAUCAAGGAGGGCAGAUCGGUGGUGCUCACAUCUCACAGCAUGGAAGAAUGUGAAGCCCUGUGCACUCGAAUGGCGAUAAUGGUCAACGGGCGAUUCAGGUGCCUGGGCAGUGUCCAGCAUCUAAAGAACAGGUUUGGAGAUGGUUACACCAUAGUGGUGAGAAUUGCAGGGGCAAACCCAGACCUGAAGCCUGUUGAGGAGUUCUUUGGGCAUGCGUUCCCUGGAAGUGUCCUGAAGGAAAAGCAUCGGAAUAUGCUGCAGUACCAGCUUCCUUCUUCACCAUCCUCCCUGGCCAAAAUAUUCAGUAUUCUCUCCCAGAACAAAAAGAGACUCCACAUAGAAGACUACUCCGUUUCUCAGACAACACUUGACCAAGUAUUUGUAAAUUUUGCUAAGGACCAAAGUGACGACGACCAUACCAAGGACCUGUCAUUGCACAAAAACCAGACUGUGGUAGACAUUGCAAUCCUUAAUUCCUUCCUGCAAGAUGAGAAGGUAAAAGAAAGUUGUGUGUGAGCCAAUUUCAUCAAAGAAAUGAUGAGCAGAAUGCAAACUUCCUUUCCCUGGGAUAGGAUACUCCCAAAGAAGAAGCUAGAGGAAAAGAAACUGGACACUCUACUGAUAACCAUUCAAUGCAAUGCAAUUCAAUGCAAUGAAAACAAUUCCUUUACAGGGGCAGUGCCUCAUAGAGUCGUCUUGUACUGUUCUCAAGUGAAAGACUUGAACUUAGCUCCUUACAGUAUAACUCUGAAGCUGUGGUAAAGCACCCACUAGAUGCUGUGGGCUUUAAACCAUACUGUAUCUUGUUCUGUACAGUAUGUUUUUCUUAGGGUUGCUAAAAUAAUUCACUGAGGAAUCAGGGCCAGUGGUUAUUUACAGGUAUUUUAGACAUGCAUGUUUUAGUUUUUAGAACAUUCAUGUCAGGAGUGGGAAUUUGCUGGUGCUACAUCCAUUGCUGGCAAUGAAUGUACCAGAACAGUCAGUGGCAAGAAAAGUCACCACCAGUGUUGUAGCCUUAGGCUGAGAAAACUUACCUGACCAGCUGCUUUUUCUAGACUGGUAUAGAUCAGUAGUGACAAAUCCGAGGCCACAAAGCAGUACUGUGGAGGUGGGAUGGCAGGAGACAGACCAUCAUAACCACGUAUCUUCAUCAGCAAGUUGUGAUAUGCAGAACUGUGUACCCUCCAAAUGCAUAUGAUUGUCCCACCAGCAUCACAAUCAGUAACACUCUCUGACUAGGUGUUCGUGUAGUUAAGUACUCUACUGCUCCUCUGAGGUACUGCAGCAGCUGCAUGGAUAUCCAGUGGGAGGAAGUGGGUGAGAAGCAGACCUAGGGUUUGGACCACAGCAGCGAACUCAGUAGUUGUACAAGCUGCUAAUGAUUGCCAAGAGCAAAUUUUAAGUCGUGAGCUGUCACUCAGAUUUGUAGUAUCUGCUCUUUAACCCCUGCUUUGCACCAGAAAGGUACCCAUCAUCUGAAAUUACUGCUUAGCACAAGCAUGUUGCCAUUUCUGGCUCUGCCAGAUAAAAACUAGACAUGAGAUGUAGAUUUUUUUUUUUUAACAGUAUUAUUUAUGACUUUAAAUAUGUAGGUAGCGUAACUAGGGAUUGAAAACGCUUUCAGUUGAUCUUUGUAGCCACAGUAUUUCUUCACAUUAUGCCUCAAUGCUAUGCUCUCUUUCUAUCCAUUUGGUGGAUAGCUGCAUUCAU